UUCAGGGUAGAUUGCAUCAGUUUCUCAGUAUCCUGAGAAUCGAGCCAGUGCAUUGAUGUAAAGCAUCAAACCUCCUUCAUCUGUGAAGACAAUGAGGAAAUGAGGACAGAUUCCCCCAGGAAUAGUGCUUAAGUGAUAAUUGAGUAUCUUGUUAGCAGCACAGAAAUGAAUAACUCAACGUACAUAAACUCUUCCUCUGAAAAUGUAAUAGCUCUGGAGAGCCCCUAUAAAACUAUCGAAGUGGUCUUCAUCGUCUUGGUGGCAGGUUCUCUCAGCUUAGUUACCAUAAUUGGGAACAUCCUGGUCAUGGUGUCAAUCAAAGUCAACAGGCACCUGCAGACUGUCAACAACUAUUUCCUGUUCAGCUUGGCCUGCGCUGACUUGAUCAUAGGCAUCUUUUCCAUGAACCUAUAUACCCUCUACACUGUGAUAGGCUACUGGCCCUUAGGGCCCGUGGUAUGUGACCUCUGGCUGGCUCUUGAUUAUGUGGUCAGCAACGCCUCUGUGAUGAACCUCCUUAUCAUCAGCUUUGACAGAUACUUUUGUGUCACCAAGCCUCUGACAUACCCUGUAAAGCGGACGACUAAGAUGGCAGGCAUAAUGAUUGCAGCUGCAUGGGUUCUCUCCUUCAUCCUGUGGGCCCCUGCAAUUCUCUUCUGGCAGUUCAUUGUAGGGGGAAGGACUGUUCCUGACAAGGAUUGCUACAUCCAGUUUUUUUCCAAUCCUGCUGUCACUUUUGGCACUGCCAUUGCAGCAUUCUAUUUACCUGUUAUAAUCAUGACUGUUCUUUACUGGCAAAUCUCUCGAGCCAGCAAGAGUCGAAUAAAGAAAGGGAAAAAGGAAGCUGCCCAAAACCAGGAUCCAGUUUCCCCCAGCCUUGUCCAAGGUAAAAUAGUAAAACCAAACAAUAACAACAUCCCAACUAGUUCAGAUGGGCUGGAACAUAAUAAAAUUCAGAAUGGAAAAACUGCUGGAGAGAGUGUGAUGGAAAACUGUGUUCAAGGGGAGGAGAAGGACAGCUCCAAUGACUCCACCUCAGUGAGUGUUGUCCCUUCCAACAUAAAAGAGGAUGAAGCUGCCAAAGAUGCCAGCCAGACUUCUGCCUCCCAAGACCACCUCAAAGUGGAGAACUCCAAGCUGACAUGCAUCAGGAUAGUAACCAAGUCCCAAAAGGGUGACUGCUGUGCUCCCACCAACACUACUGUGGAAAUUGUAGGCACCAAUGGGGAUGAGAAGCAGAAUAGUGUAGCCCGGAAAAUAGUCAAGAUGACAAAGCAGCCAGCCAAAAAGAAACCACCACCUUCUAGAGAGAAAAAAGUGACAAGGACCAUUUUAGCAAUCCUCCUAGCUUUCAUCAUCACCUGGACCCCAUACAAUGUUAUGGUGCUCAUCAACAGCUUCUGUGCAUCCUGCAUCCCUGGUACUGUAUGGACCAUAGGUUAUUGGCUCUGUUACAUCAACAGCACCAUCAAUCCUGCUUGUUAUGCGCUCUGCAAUGCCACAUUCAAGAAGACCUUUAAGCACCUUCUUAUGUGCCAUUACAAGAAUAUAGGAGCAACAAGGUUUCACUCUCCUUCUGAAAGAUAGUUCUGCAAGAUGCAGAUGUUGAUCUCGAAAAGCAACUCUCCGUGGAUACCUCUUCUGGCUUUCCUGGCUGUCACCUGCGUCCCGUCCUUCCUAUGGCCCCUGAUGGCCCUGCUGCCAGUGCUGCCACGUCUUCACACCAGGUUUGGCCAGAGGAUCUCAGCAACUAUUCCAUACAGUGUGCUGCACUGGCCACUUUGAUUUCACACAGAAGUUGAAAAAACUCUGUGGAUGAAUCAUGAAAAGAACACCAAAACCAACAACAACAAACAACAAUAAAAACUGCAGUGAGCACUUCUGAUAUUCUCAUCUUCUUCCUCUUAAUCAUUCCCAGAAGUAGCUAAAACCAAAAAAAGGCUCAGCCAUUUGAAGUAGCCCUGCUGCGGCAGGACUGUCCCAUUAGCAGCCCACGGUGGGCAAAUCACUCUCUCACAGGUCAUGCUACCUUCACUCUUCAAGGAGAGGACAACAGCUUAGUGAUAUAUCAGUCUAACUGGUACAUUCCUGAGUACUAAAGAUAUCUGUGGUUAAAUAUAUAUAGAUUAAUUUUUUAAAAAAUUAAGAAGAAAGAAACUGAAGCAAUAUUCAGAAGUUUGUUUUCCAAUUAGUACAAAACUGAAGGAAAACUUGUCAGUCUUAUGUUUGAAAUUUUCAUUUGAUGUGCCAGAAAUCAUGAGGAUUCAUUUGGAGACAGGAGUGUUUGAACACUGCCUGAUGAAAAAUAGUCUGAAAUCAGCCAACGCAAAUAUGUGAGUCAAAUUCCUUCCUUCCUUCCUUCCUUCCUUCCUUCCUUCCUUCCUUCCUUCCUUCCUUCCUUCCUUCCUUCCUUCCUUCCUUCCUUCCUUCCUUCCUUCCUUCCUUCCUUCCUUCCUUCCUUCCUUCCUUCCUUCCUUCCUUCCUUCCCUCCUUCCCUCCUUCCCUCCUUUCCUCCUUCCCUCCUUCCCUCCUUCCCUCCUCCCUUCCUCCCUUCCUCCUGUCCUCCCUUCCCUGCUUCCCUCCUCCCUUCCUCCCUUCCUCCCUUUUCUCUCUUUCUUUAACUCCUUCUUUCCCUAUUUCUUUCUUUCCUUUCUUCAACCUCACAAAUGUUCAUGGGUAUGAGAGUGUUCAAAUGGAAUCCUGGGAUAAGUUGUGUGUCAUCCACAAAAUGUGAAGGAGUCAAAAGCAACAGCUAAAUCCAUCAGCCCUCUGUUUUAUGGUUGUCCACUCGUUUUUAAGACCUCAGGGUGUACCAAUUGCUCCCAGACAUUCCAGACAUCCCAGACAUCCCAGCUGUAACAGAGGCAGAAGGAGAUGCACUCUAUUUUUUGUUUGUUUAUUUCAUCUCCUCAUGGAUUGGAAUGUUUCCUUUGUCUGCUCUUCGGUGGGGCUUGCUAGUAAACUCACUAGCUCCUUCCCUAGAAUUUAUUAAUUUUCUCCCUGCUCUUCUCCCUACUCCUGCUGACAGAGCACCUGAUUUCUCUGGUGUUGCUAGGAUGGUACAAUUAAAAUUCUUCAACUCAGUUGUCAGAGCCUUGCCUUGCCACUUCUGUUACCCAAAACAAAACAUCUGCUGGUAUUGGCUCUCUGCGAGACCAAGUUGCUAAAGCAUCCUUACAGCCACAUUAUGCUCCAUGAUGCAGUUGGUGGAAGGCAGGAAAUAUGCUGCUAAGAUUUGUUUUCCUUCCUUCCCCUUACAAAAAUUUCUAAAUAUAUUUACUUUUUACAAAACAUGGAGCUUUCUUUGUGAAGUUAAACUUAAGAAAGAAAACAAGAACGGGAAAACAAGCUCUGGGCCUUGGGGUUCAGGUGUUUAUUGACAGGAAGUGGAAUCAGAAUACAGGGGCUUUCAAUAUUUUUAGAGCCCUCUUCUUGGUUGGCUCUGUAUUCACAGAUGCCAGCAAGGCAAAUGGUAGAAAUUGAGCAGCCAAAAAGAGUUAGGCUUUUUCUCCUCCUGGGUCUACAGAUACUUUAUAAAACUUGUCUAGAGACACUCACUGGAGACAAUGUCCUAUUUAUUUUUCCUGUAAAAUCAUGAACAGCUCCACACUUCUAAGAAAUCUUUCAUUUUUAAUUUAUAGAAAAUCUUUCCCUGAAGGAAGCUGAUAGAUGGUCCUUAAUUUGCUGUGACGUCUUUUCUUGUUUCUCUGCCUGCCUUUCCUCUUUUGUCACAGUCUUGACAAAAUGCAUUUUUCCUCCUUCACUUUAAGAAGUAUCUGUAACUUGUGUUUUAGCUACAGGUACACAGUUUCUCUUGCUUUUCAGGCACUGUGAAUGUUGGUAUUCAAAAUCCUUAAGUCCACAAAAAAUAUUAUAUUGCCUUCUCACCUCUGCUGAAGUCCAAAAUAAUGCGUGGAGUAAGAAGUUUCAUAAAUCCUUUCUUCAGUGGUUUUAAUUUGGAACGAAGCAAAUUCCUCACAUGAAAUGAAAUCAGUUCUCUUUCUCCCCAGUUUUAUUAUGUCUAUAUGAGAAACAACAGAGGAUGAUGGUAAAGAGUGAGCAGCACUAUUAAGCAGCAACAUUUACUUUAUGUCCUGGGCAAUGGUAAGGCAGUCUUCCCUUUCCUUGGUUGCCCUUUUAUUCCCAGUCUUACUAGCAGAAUAUUCAUUGAAAAUCCAUGAUUAAGAAAGUAAUUAUAACAGAGUUGAGAUGGACAUCACUCAUUCACCAAAAAAAAUGCAAUAUUUUUUUUAUUUUUUUAUUUUUAUUUCUUUUUUUUUUUUUGGUUCCUUCAUUUGCUAUGGCCUCAUUUUCUACAUUAUGGAACUAGUGGAACACAUGAACAUAUUAGUUCUCCCAGGCCUUUAGUAUACUGGGUAGAUUUGUUAGAGGUAUUUCAUGUCACAAGUAAUGGAAUGGGGGGGAAGCGGGGGGGAAGGAAGCACAUGCUUUUUCCCCUCCCAAAGUUUUGCAUAACCUGAAAAAGUCCAUUGGGUUGUUCCUUUUUUUCCCACCUUUGUAUAAUGAGUUAUUAUAUAUUAGCAUUGGGUUUUUUUGCUUUUUUGUUUUGUUUUGGUUUUCUCUUGGUUUUUGUUUGUUUGUUUGCUUUUCUUUUGUGUGUUUCAGAGUACUUGCAAAGAAGCACAUAGAAACACUUACAGGUGCCCCAAAAAUGCUCUGACUCUCUGAGAAAAUCAACUAUGGAUAGUGUGUGAGGCAGUGUGUUUAAGGUGUUUAUUAUCAUAGUCAUUGAAAUGAAUGACUUCCUUGUGUAUUUAACCUUUGGUUUGGUUCAUCUGGCAGCUCUGAAGAAAGCACAGGGGCACAGGUUUAGCAUGCCCUAACUUUGAAAAGGGAAGGACAGGUCGAUAUUCAGUUGUCUUUUUUCUCCUGUUCUGGUUUGUGUAGGCUGCUGGAGUAGGGGAGGAAUUUCUUUCCCCAGUAGUUCUGUCCGUGCACUUUUACUCCAAAGAUAGACAUUCUUUGAAGUACAAAACAGUCGUAACAGUAUUAUUGAUAAAAAUGAUACGGGAAAGAAUACCAUGGUUGCCAAUAAAUGGACCUUUGAAUAAUUUUCCCUUAAUACUGGUGCCACUUUUUAAAGGUGGUUAGUAAAUCAGAGAGUAGCAGUUUGUAAAUACCUUUAGAUAGUGUGUUUUAACAUUACCAGCAGCAUAUCUUGACUAUGUACAGAAAUAACACAGUAUGUGUAGUGCUAUUCAAAUUAAGUUAUAAUGUAAAUAUAUCUAGAAUGAAUGUCCAGUUAUCUUCAAGUUCUAUGUACAAGGACCUCAUCUCUUCUUGAGACUUUUUCUAGCUUAAUGAUAUGGAAAAUCUGUUAUCCAUUUAUAUAUAUAUAUGAAAAAACAUUGCAUUCCUUUCUUCAAAGUAAAUAUUGAAAAAAAGAAGGAAUGCAUUACAUGAAUAUGAUAUAAAAAAUCCUAUCGUAGGACUGAGAAGUUGGGGACUGGUCAAAUUCUUGAUGCUGUAUUUGAUCUCAUAAAGAAGAUAAGCACAAGUUUAUGGUUAGCAUCGUAAAGCUGACCCAUUUGAUUAUAUAUAAAUUAUAGAUAUAUAUUUAUAUAUUCUGUAUAGAUACAUACAUAUUAUACACAAUAUUCAUACAGUGAAAGUAAAGUUUGAUAGUCAUAUUAACUGGGAAUUUUGAUGUAAUGUUAUGCUCCAUUUGGAGAAAGAACACCUGUCUGAUUCAGCAACAUUCAAACAUGUUAUGCAGAAUAAAGGAAGAAGGUGCUUCAACCAAAACAACUCAUGAAGGAAUGAGGCAAUGUGGGUUUGAAAUUACACAAGUAAAUUACAUGCAAUAUAUGUGUAUGUAUUUUUGCCAAGCUGUAUCCCUAGUUAAAGCAUUGCAUUAAACAGCAAAUUAUAACAAUAAUAAAAGUGUUUUUGUAUGUGGUA